AUGAAGUUCACACCACACCUCUCAACGCUGGCCCUCCUGGUGGCAACAUCCCAGGCCGCAGUUCAAGGCUUCGACAUCUCGCACUACCAAUCCACGGUCGACUUCGCAGGCGCGUAUUCAGGUGGCCUUCGCUUCGUCUACAUCAAGGCUACAGAAGGCACGACCUACACAGACCCUAAGUUCUCCCAACAUUACAGCGGCGCAACAAACGCAGGCUUCAUCCGCGGCGGCUACCAUUUCGCGCAGCCUGGCUCGUCCUCUGGCGCAGCUCAGGCCAACUUCUUCGUCGCGCACGGCGGCGGCUGGAGCGCUGAUGGCAUCACACUGCCCGGCAUGCUGGACCUCGAAGUCGCCAAUUGCGGCGGCCUCUCGACUUCCCAGACCGUCGCGUGGAUCAAGUCGUUCUCAGACCAGUACCACAGCCUGACGGGGCGGUAUCCGGUUCUCUACACGAAUCUGAGCUGGUGGACGACGUGCACGGGGAACAGUGCUGCGUUCAAGGACACGAGUCCGUUGAUGUUGGCGCGGUGGGCGAGCGCGCCGGGGACGAUCCCGGGAGGUUGGCCGUAUUAUACUAUCUGGCAGUAUAAGGAUAGUAAUGCGUAUGGGGGUGACAGCGAUGUUUUCAAUGGGGAUGAGGCGGGUUUGAAGAGAUUGGCUAGUGGGUAA